AUGAGCUCUAAAAGCGUCACUUAUUGUUUAUCAAGAGACCUCGAUAUCCCCUUCAGAGUCAAAUUGAGUUCUUUGGAAGGCUCAAAACCUUUACUAAAAGAAUCUGCGAAGCUCCUAAACCCAUCAAGUUUGAUGAAACUAUCAGAUGUCGUCACAAACUCAGAACUCUUUGCUACUGUGGUUGUUACUCUGGAUGGAUUACCAUUGACUAUACCCAUCACCACAUCAUACACAUCAUUCAGAAACUCAAGAAAGUGGAAUGAAUGGUUGGAAUUGCCGAUAAAAGUGAACCAACUUCCUUUCAAUUCAAGACUUCAUAUCGCAUUAUGGGAGUUUGAUGAUUCCAAGAAAUCAAUUUUUGGUGAAACAGAAGUCAAUAUAUUCAAUAUAGAAGAUGAUUGCACAUUGAAAAGAGGGAGACAAAAGCUCAAUCUAUUGUUAUGUGAUGGCUCAAACCAAGUCAAACCGUCAUCGCAGCCUUCCAAAAUGGAUACAAUUGAAAAAAUGAUCAAGAAACAUGAAAAUGGUGAUAUAAUAUCUGUUGACUGGCUAGAUAAUUUGACAUUUCGUAAAAUUGAACAAGUUAACAAGACACAAUCUUCAGAAUCUGGGUUUUUGUUGUUUAUUGAUUUUGUGCAAUUUGAUAUUCCAGUUGUAUUUUCAGAUUUCAAAUAUCCUUCGCCUCAAAUUCCAGUGUACACACCACCAGAUCAACAGCAAAUCAAUCCACCAAAAAUUAGUACUGGGAAGUCAUCAACAUUGAAAGUGUAUGAUCCAGAACAAUAUGUUUCUGAUCCCAUUGAACAAAAAUAUAGAAAAUUGGAGCGUAGCCAUAAAGAUGGUCCUUUGGAUAGAGAAUUGAAACCAACAGCAAAGAUAAGAGAUGAAUUACACAGAAUUUUAAAUUAUUCUUCGGUACAGCAGCUCUCACAAUAUGAAAAGAAUCUUGUUUGGAAGUUUCGUUAUUUUUUGAUCAAUAAUAAAAAAGGUUUAAACAAGUUGCUAAAAAGUAUCAACUUCAGUGAUGAAACUGAAAGGAAAGAAGCCUUGAAACUAAUUUAUAAAUGGGUUGAAAUUGACAUUGAAGAUGCAUUGGAAUUGUUGGGACCGAACUUCAAGAACAUCAGUGUGAGAACUUAUGCUGUUGAAAGAUUGAAAAAAGCACAUGAUAAUGAAUUAGAGUUGUAUUUGUUACAAUUAGUACAGGCAUUGAAAUAUGAAUCAUUAGCAAACAAUGGAUCUGAGAAUAGUGAGUUUUCUAUUGUGGAACUAAAUGGGUCAUCAUCAACUUCAUCUGUUCUCAAUACAUUGUCCCCUUUAUCGCAAUUUUUGGUUGAAAGAGCGUUAGUAAAUGAUAGGUUGGGUAGCUUCUUAUAUUGGUAUUUGAAUGUUGAAUCUAAGGAUAAACCAAACUCAAUCUAUAAAAAAAUAUUGGAUUAUUACUUGAGGCAUUUGACAAAUAGAGGAUUAUCAAAAGAGAUUGAGUUUGUUGACUUGAUAGUGAAACUUUGUAUCAAGAUUAAAAGUUCAAGAGAUUCAACCCCAAAGAAAAUCGAGGCAUUGCGCACAAUAUUAGAUACAAAAUUUAAAUCCUUCGCUCCAGUUAAACUUCCAUUAGAUCCAUCAAUUGAAGUUUGUGGGGUUAUCACUAAUGAAAGUUCUGUCUUCAAAAGUUCAUUAUCACCUUUGAAGAUCACAUUCAAGACAACAGAUGGAGGUAAAUAUCCAUUAAUGUUCAAAGUUGGUGAUGAUCUAAGGCAAGAUCAACUUGUCAUUCAGAUCAUUUUAUUAAUGAACAAAUUGUUAACAAAUGAAAAUGUUGACCUAAAAUUGACACCUUAUAAGAUUUUAGCUACUGGUCCUACUGAAGGUGCUAUUCAAUUCAUACCAAACAGUACACUUGCAAGUGUUUUGGCUGAAUAUCAUGGUAUAUUGCCUUACUUGAGACAUCAUCAUGCUGAUCCAAAUGCCGAGCUUGGGGUAAGUGAUUGGGUGAUGGACAAUUUUGUGAAAUCUUGUGCAGGUUAUUGUGUCAUCACCUACAUUCUAGGUGUUGGUGAUAGACAUCUAGAUAAUUUGUUAAUAUGUCCUGAUGGGCAUUUCUUUCAUGCUGAUUUUGGUUAUAUAUUGGGUCAGGAUCCUAAGCCAUUUCCACCAUUAAUGAAACUACCUCCACAAAUCAUUGAGGCAUUUGGCGGUGCAAGUUCUUCUAAAUAUAAUAUGUUUAGAAACUAUUGCUUUGUUUCUUAUUCUAUCUUGCGGAAGAAUUCAAAUUUGAUACUCAAUUUGUUUGAAAUGAUGAGAGAUUCAAGUAUUCCUGAUAUAAGUAUUGAACCAGAUAGAGCAGUUUAUAAAGUGAAAGAAAAAUUCUGUCUCGAUAUGAGUGAGGAAGAAGCUAUCAUACAUUUCCAAAACUUGAUCAAUGAUAGUGUUAAUGCUCUACUUCCAAUGGUUAUAGAUAGAUUACAUAGUUUAGCACAGUACUGGAGGGCAUAA